AUGCACACCAUAAUCAAUGCGUUUCUCCGCUGUUUAUCCUUUCUUUUGCCUCCCCCUUGGCUUCAGCUCGGUUUUUGCUGGUGGGUUGGGGAUGAGUGUAGAAAAACUGCAUGGCCCAAUCCCAGAGCUCGUUUCAAAGGGACAAAGCCUCUUACAGAUCAGGAAGUAAGAACACAAAAUCCUUCCACCUCCGCCACUUCCCCUGUUCAGAGUUGCGUCUCGCUAGCUGCUAGCCCCGUGCUUCCCCAGGGGUCUCCGUGGGGCAGAAUCUGGGAGCCGUGGCAAGCUGUGGAGCGCAACUUUUGGAUUCCAUUCGCUAUCCGACAGCGCUGGUGCCAAACGCGUCAGGUCCCAAAUUAUCCGAAUCCUUCCUUUUGCAAAACGAGUGCUGGAAAAAGCUGCGCUGUAGCUGAAAAAGAGCUGGGUGUAAUCGUUUGUGAAGAGGAGGGAAGGAACGAGCUGGGAAGGGAAGCGUUCGUUCCGGGCAUGAGCGCGACGAUGGAGCUGCCCAGCUCGCUUGAAUCCUUGACGGAUUCGGCUGGACUGACAGUAACCGGGAUGGUCAUGGAUCGACAGGUACAGGAGAUGGGGACCCAAGUAACAAUAACUGUGGCUAUUGAGGCUGCUGAAGACGAAGACCCUUCGGAAGUGCUUUCCCCAAACCACCUAGAUAUCCAUGGGGGCAGCUGUAGUGAAGACGACGCUGGGAGACACGAUAAAUCCAGUGGAGCAGGCACCAGCGGAGGGGAGCUGGAGGAGGAGAGCUGGCAGCCCCCGGACCCCGAUCUGACGCAGAAGCUCGUGGCACAGAUCGAAUACUACCUUUCAGACGAGAACCUGGAGCACGACGCCUUUCUGCUCAAACACGUCCGUCGCAACAAGAUGGGCUUCGUCAGCGUCAAGCUGCUGACCUCUUUCAAAAAGGUGAAGCACCUCACGCGAGACUGGCGAACAACGGCGUACGCGCUGAGGCAGUCGACGCUGCUCGAGCUGAACGAGGAGGGGCGGAAGGUGCGUCGGCGGACGCUGGUGCCCGUGUUCGCCAGCGAGAGCCUGCCCAGCCGCAUGCUGCUGCUCAGCGAGCUGCAGCACUGGCCGGAGCUGGGCGUGGCCCAGAGGGGCGGGGGCGGGGACGCUGGGACGGGGCAGGAGGGCGGGGACGGCGGCGCCGGCGGCAACGGGGGCGGGGCGGCGCAGCAGGAACCCCUCAUGGAGGUUCUGCUCAGAGCUUUCGGGGCGUUUGGCGCCAUCUCGUCGGUGCGGGUGCUGAAGCCGGGAAAGGACCUGCCGUCCGACCUGAAGAAGCUGAGCGCCCGCUACGCCCAGCUGGGCACCGAGGAGUGCGCCAUUGUGGAGUUCGAGGAGGUGGAGGCCGCCAUCAAGGCCCACGAAGCCAUGGGGGGCGAGACGGAGGACGGGGCUGGCGCCCAGGGCCUGAAGGUGGUGCUUAUCGGGACCAAGCCCCCCAAGAAGAAGGUCCCCAAAGACCGGCAGCGGGAGGAGGGGGGCCUGCGCAAGAGCCGCUCCCUGAACAGCCGGGUGCGGGAGCUGCAGUACCUGGGCGACGACUCCGCCUGCAGCUCCUCAGAGACGGAGAGCAACCCCACCUCCCCCCGGCUGGCCCGCAAGGCCCGGUCCACCAACAAGCUGAGCCCCACCACGGGCGGAGGCGCGGCCUACCAGCAGAACAACCACCUGAGCCCCGGCGUCUCGCCCCGCUCCAGCCCCUGGUCCAGCCCCCGCGCCAGCCCCUGCUCCCAGCGCAAGUCCCCCCACGGCCACAAGUCGCCCCUGGCCAGCGAGGGCCGGCUGAGCCCGGAGUCGGGUCGGCGCUGGGCGGACUACUCCUCGGACAGCAGCCUGACGCCGUCGGGCAGCCCCUGGGUGCAGCGGCGCCGGCAGGUGGCCUCCCAGGAGAGCAGCCCGGUGGGCAGCCCCAUGCUGGGCCGGAAGAUCCAGAACGCCGACGGGCUGCCCCCGGGCGUGGUGAGGCUCCCCCGGGGGCCGGACGGGACCCGCGGUUUCCAAUGCGCCUCACUGGGACAGAGGGGCGCUGCUGCGACCGCCCAAACCUGAUCUUGCCACGCUGAGAGUACCGUACCUCGAUCCCCUGUGUCCUAAUUCCCGAGUCACCUUGCAGUACUGCUGAAAGACGAGUGCUGUCUAGAGUCUAAGCCCAAGGCCUGUACUCUACCACACUGCCCCUCUCACUAAAUGGGCCAGAUGAGAAUUCUGAUUGAAUGCAAGGUUUGCCUUGUAUUUUUUUAUUUUUUUCCUUUUGUAAGCUAUUUGUUUGUUUACGCGUGGUUAAACUUGAUUUGAAACUGUUGGGAAUUGAUUUAUAAGCUAUGCUUUAAAACUGUUACUUCUGUCCGAGAAUUUUCUUUCUGAUUUCUGAGAAAUCCCCACUUAAGUUUGAAUUUUUUUUUUGUUUGUUUGUUUGAUGGCAAGCUGCACACGGCAAUUGAAAACGCAUCUCUGUCGGUUGUGAUCUUCCUGAAAUGAGGUGGGAGGUGUAAUUGAUUUCCGUAAGAUUUUGUUUAAGAACAGUGUCUUGAGUCUUAUAUUGUGUUUACAAAAACGGAACAACCUGAAGCACUUUGUUAGCGAAUUACGUAAAAGUGUGUGACAGUGUAAGUCUUGUAUUCUGUUUCACCGUAGGCCUUUUGUCAUUCGUUCAUUGUGAAUAUUACAAAAAAUGACACUGACAUUCUGUCACUUGUGGCCAUGGUUAUCUCUUUAUUUUCAUAUUGGAACCGUGUUUUCCACUGUAAUAGUUUUUUUUUUUCCCCACUAACGUUUUCCCUCGUAGCAGUUUAGUAAAUAAAAGUAGGACAUUUAGGGGUCGCUGUUUAGCAGUGCAAAGGGGAGUGCUCUCGCUGAAAGGAAGUGGGAUUUCUCUGCAUUUCCUGUGAAUGUGACGUACGCAUGGGUAUGCGAGUGGGGCAUGGGGGGGGGGGGGGGGGGGGGGGGGUCAGCUUUGACAUUUGCCUCGACUGUGAGGGGGCACUGAAAUGCAAAGUGUAUUUUCUUGUACAAAUAAAGCACUAAAUACCGCAUUUCAUUUGA